AACUGGGCGAAUGAGCCGCAGAAGCCAAGAAAGAAAGAAAGAAAGAAACGCGACACAUCCUUUGCCUCCCAACCAUCCAUUUUGUGCCAUCAAGACCUGCCCCCGACUCCUCCAUCAUACCACCUCUCUGCUGUCUCUCCUGGGCUUGAUCUCUUCAAAGAGACCGUGCCUUGUCCUCUUGGUGUUUUCUUUUGCCUUUUUUGCCUCCCAUCUUGGCCUCGUCGCCAGCUUGCCCUUCUCCCUUCUUGAGCUCGUCAAUCUACUCGCUCUUCUACUCUACCCUCUCCUGGCACACUUGCCUUCUUCCUCCUUGCUUUUUUCCUGGCUUUCUCCUUAUUAUAAUCUCUCACAGUCAUGUCUGAAGUUCAAUUCAGGCCAUCCGGCUCGCGUGGUCGGGGGUCAGCUCGUGGUGGCAGAGGCGGUUACAGCUCGAGAGGCGGACGACCCAGCAAGUCCACCAAAGCAGACUCGGAAAAUAUGCCUGAACCAUCUUAUGAAGAUGAAGGAGAAAUUGGCCAACUGAAGAGAAAGCAUGCCAACAACCUUUCUACCAUAAAAGAGCUUUUUGCGGACUGGACCGAUGAGGAUCUUGUUUUUGCCCUAGAAGAUGCUGAUGGGGAUCUCGAGAUUGCGAUUGAGCGCAUCACUGAGGGUAAUGUUUCGCAGUGGGGUGAGGUCAAAAAGAAACACACCGAUCGAUCCCGCGCCAAGGCGAAAGACCCUCUCUCGCAGGCAGACUCUACAACAUCACCACCAAACCGUGGAGGCCGUGGCCGUGGAGGUUUUGACAUUCGCGGACGUGCUCGAGGUGACCGUGGCCGCGGAGGGCGUGGUGGUAGAGCCGGCGCACACGUAAAUGGGACUCGUACUGAAAAGCCUGCGAUACCAGUAACAGAAGAGCUGGAACCUGCUGCUGUGCCUACUGAGGCAUGGGGAAAACCGGAAGAGCCUGCAGCUGCAGACACUGUGGCUUCCAAAGAACCAGGUAUUACCGCUGUCGCGAACGAGCCCCAAGAACAAGCUCCACAAAAGAGUAGCCUGAUCCCGGAAGGUUCGAAGAAAGGCUGGGCAAGUUUGUUUUCUCAACCAGCUCCACUACCACCCCAGAAAAAAGCUCCUCCUCCGGCGGCCGCGCCGAAACCUGAAGAACCAUCCAACAUCAAGAAACCGUCCGAGCAACCUUCAGAAGUACCAGAAGUCGCCCCUCAAGCAACAGCUCCCCCAGCUGCGGAGCCGGUAGCCGCGCCUCCCGUACAACCAGCACAUGUUCCAGUGAUUCCAAAGGAUGAGUUGACUCAGACAAACCUUGAACGAGUUCCGGAUGUAUCGCACCCACAGGCUAGCACGACGCCAGCGAGCACAGUAGCAACAAGCACCCCCGAUCAAACCAGCAGUUCCGGUGUCAGUGCAUCGCAAACCAGACCAAUCUCAGGCUAUGCUGCUACUGCAUACAAAGCUACAGCUGGGCCUGGACGUGCGGCAACCUUGCAGCGCCGUGUUAUGGAACAGCAGGAGGCAGUCGUUAUGCCUGGAAACCAUGCCGUUGAUCGUGCUGCUGUCCAGUUCGGCAGCAUGGGGUUGAACGGGCCAGUCGAGGAUCUCGACAUUGAUGAAGAGAGAGAACAACCAGAGACUCGUCCUCAACCUCCGCAACACUCACCCGUUGCUCCCCGCGCAUCCCUCCCCCCUUCCACUCAAGCUCAGGCGCCAGCUCAGCCCCCAACAGACGCUAUUGCCCUUCCGCGCCCUGCUCCUGGCCUCCCUCCUGCCCCUUCAGCGACUGCUGCAGAUGCUUCAUUUAACGACUUUGGGCGAUAUACCGAAGCACAGAAGCCGUUCGACCCUUUCAGCCAACAAGCUGAUCAGUCGCAGCAACAAACGCAAGAACCCUUCUCCAACCAAACUCCCAUCCCAUCUCAACCCACCGUCACCACGGCUGCAGAUUAUUCCGCAAUUUAUGGAGGGGAUCAAACACGGAACCCUUACUAUUAUGGCUCGUACGGCCAGUCUCAGGACGGCGUUGCGACACAGCAAAGGGCUGGAAGCGGAUUUAAUGUCAGCGGUGCAGAUGUACAGCCUCAGGCCGCUGCCACUCAACCACCAAGCCGCUUCACCCACGUGGAAGCUCCCAGCAGUGGUCAAAAUACACCUAACCCCACGCUGCCUGGCCAAACUGCUCAGCCGACUCAACACGUCCCUCAGGGGCAGGGUGCCCACGGCGCCUACAACUACGGCUAUCCCUAUUACUCUAACCCCCAUUAUGCGAAUACAUACAUGAAUCAAAUGAACCAACAUCAGUAUGGAAGAAAUCGCCCUAUGUACGAUGACGCAAGAAGAUACGAAGAACACUACCUUCACAACAACCAAUUUAGUUAUGGUAACCAGUAUGCUGCUGCACCCUACGGUGGCAAGGGUGGAAUGUACGCGCAACCUCAACAUGGAUUCUCUUAUGAUCAUGCCUCUACGCCUGCUACAGCUGCUACAUUUAAUCAAGGUGUUCCUGGACGUGAAGCCGGAUAUGGCCGUGCUGGCUCCGCCCAGCCCUCAGAGGCCCAAAGCUCGGGCCACACGGCCUUUGGCGGCAUCCCAGACGUUUUUGGCCGGACACAAUCUGGAUUUGUCCAAAGCCAACCCAUUGCUCAGCAGCAGCCAGUGAGCGCAGAGGAAUCGGCAAAGGGAUUCGAAGCGCCCAAGGCCGGCGGACCAAGCCCUUCUUUGGCUCAAGCGAACCGUCCUGGCUCCGCAACCAACAGUGGUCCAGGUCAACCCCAGGCUGGUCAGACUGGCCUACCUCCUGCGCAGGGUCAACCAAACCAGCAGGGAUUCGGAGCGUAUCCUCUUAACCCACAAUACGGUGGACUAGGAAGCCUUGGAGCGCAUCACCAGGCUGGAGCCAAUGCAACCCAUCACCAAGCCAGCGGAUAUGGCAACUACGGAGCAGGGUUUAGCGGCAACUACUACGGGAAUACCGGUCGCGGUGGAGGAUGGGGCGGCAACUAUGGCCAUUAAGGCGCAAAACAUACUAAAUGAGCUAGGAAACGCUUGGCUGGGUGAAGCACGCCCCUGGGAUGCAGUGGUUCGUGAGGGUUCUCUCAGCCCUCCAUGUGUGCUCUCUUUCAUGCAUGGGAGCUUACUCUUUCGUUUUGUCCCGUAAUGACGUCUCCUUCCAGUAUCUUGAUUUUGUUAUUGAUUUAUUGAUUUAUUGAUUGUUUAGCACCAGGGUAUAUUAUUUUUGCGAAUGACCAUUGUCUCCCAAAAAAAUCGUUCUGAUACGUCCUCUUUAAGCUUUUAUAUUUUUUUUUAUUGGCUGUUCCUCUCCUAUCAUAUUCAUUUUUCAAUUUUCAAUUUUUUUUUGUUCCCUUUUUUCUUUUUGUUUGUUCCUCAUUUUCAUGUCAUAUCUCCGUCCUCCAAAUCCAAACAAACACAACAAACCUUUCUUGUACCAAUUAUAUUAGUUCUUCGUCUUCGGGAGACUGGACUGGCUUUUUUUUGUUAUUUUCAAAAGCUACAGCUUCAGUUGAUUAAAUGGAAUGACAUGACAGGCAUGCAGACAAAAAACAGAAAGUUUCUAUUUCUCUCGAUUCUCCCUUAGGCUUUCUUUUUCCUUUUUUCUCUUUCACCUUCUUUUCACCUUCUGUUGGAAACAUGAAAGUGAAAAAGAAUUUGGAAUUUGGGUUUGAUACUUCUUUCCUCUCAAAUGUUCGCUUCCUUGGCACUGGCCAUUUGGUGUUUUAUCCCACUGGGAGCUUGCUAUGUGACGGCAAAAAGAAGCGAUUUGAGUUGCGACGAGUCAACCAGAUAUACCUGUGCCUCAAUUAAAUUAGAAGUUAGCAGGAGCCUACGUCUCCCUGCGUCUUGCAAGGCGUCCCUCUCUUGAAUUCUUCCAACACAUAUGUAAUAAUAAGCUUUGGUGAACUGCUGCAAUGAAUGUAUGAAUGUCCUACAUGCAAAGUAUGCAGGUGCAGCGCGUAUCUAGCAGCUAUAUAUAGUAGCACAGAGCCGCCGCCCGGACUGCAGAUCAAUUUCCGAAAAGAGCUAGCAAAACGUUCCUGCUGGAUUUUUAACUACACCUCGCUUAAAAUCCAC